UUUUACUUGAUAGCAACCCAGGCAUACGUCAAGUUUUGGUUCAAUCACUAACACUAUAAACUCGGCCAUUUUUGUCGCGACUGUCUUCGAACAUGUCGCAUAGGAAGUUUUCGGCGCCCCGACAUGGGUCUAUGGGGUUCUACCCCAAGAAGAGGUCCCGCCGUCAUCGUGGUAAGGUCAAGGCAUUCCCCAGGGAUGACCCCAGCAAACCUGUCCAUCUUACCGCCUUCAUUGGUUACAAGGCUGGUAUGACCCACGUGGUGCGUGAACCUGACCGUCCUGGAUCAAAGAUCAACAAGAAGGAAAUCGUAGAGGCUGUGACCAUCAUUGAGACGCCUCCCAUGGUCGCCGUCGGCGUGGUGGGUUACAUCGAAACUCCUCACGGUCUUCGUGCCCUGCUUACCGUCUGGGCCGAGCACAUGUCCGAGGACUGCCGCCGUCGCUUCUACAAGAACUGGUAUAAAUGCAAGAAGAAGGCUUUCACUAAGGCCAGCAAAAAAUGGCAAGAUGAGCUUGGCAGGAAAUCCAUUGAGAAGGACUUCAAGAAAAUGAUCCGCUACUGCAGUGUGAUCAGGGUUAUUGCCCACACCCAAAUGAAGCUGCUAAAGCAGCGUCAGAAGAAGGCUCACAUCAUGGAAAUCCAAGUGAAUGGUGGAACCAUUGAAGAUAAGGUCAAAUGGGCCAGGGAACAUCUAGAAAAGCCUAUCCCUAUUGACUCUGUGUUUACCCAGGAUGAGAUGAUUGACUGCAUUGGAGUUACCAAGGGUAAAGGAUACAAAGGUGUCACUUCUCGUUGGCACACCAAGAAACUGCCCCGCAAGACACACAAGGGUCUGCGUAAGGUUGCCUGUAUUGGAGCGUGGCAUCCUUCAAGAGUAUCAUUCACCGUGGCCCGUGCUGGUCAGAAGGGCUACCACCACCGUACUGAGAUGAACAAGAAGAUUUACCGUAUUGGACAAGGAAUCCAUACUAAGGAUGGAAAAGUUAUCAAGAACAACGCCUCCACUGAAUACGACUUGUCUGAGAAGUCCAUCACCCCCAUGGGUGGUUUCCCUCACUAUGGUGAAGUGAACAAUGACUUCAUCAUGAUUAAGGGUUGUUGCAUGGGACCUAAGAAGCGUGUUAUUACGCUAAGGAAGUCCCUGCGUGUGCACACCAAAAGGGCUGCUCUUGAGAAAAUCAACCUCAAGUUCAUUGACACAUCCUCCAAGUUUGGUCAUGGUCGCUUCCAGACGCCGGCUGACAAGGCUGCGUUUAUGGGAACCCUCAAGAAGGAUCGUAUCCGCGAAGAGGCUGCAGCUACCGCAACACCUGCUGCGGCUCCUGCCCAGUCAUAAGACAACUUUGACUUUAAUAAAAUAAUUAAAACAUA